UCUACCCUUCUUAAACCCUCCAUCUCCCUCCCUCUCCAAGCGAAAAUACCAAAUUCCCAAUUUUUUAGGAUUUUCAAUUCCUCCAUCGCUGGAAUUGAUUUCGCUAGAUUCCAGCUCGCAGGGAUAGAUAGAGAGUUCUAGAGGUGAAAAGGGACUGAGGAAACGAUGAAGAUACAGUGCAACGUGUGCGAGGCGGCAGAGGCAGCGGUGCUGUGCUGCGCGGACGAGGCGGCACUGUGUUGGGCCUGCGACGAGAAGAUUCACUCGGCCAACAAGCUGGCCAUCAUGCACCAGAGGGUCCCUCUCUCGAGCUCCUCGUCUCAGAUUCCCAAAUGUGACAUUUGCCAGGAGACAGUUGGCUACUUCUUUUGUCUAGAGGAUCGAGCUUUACUCUGCAGAAAAUGUGAUGUUGCCAUACAUACAGCGAAUGCUUAUGUGUCCACGCAUCAGAGAUUUUUGCUAACUGGUGUUAAAGUUGGUCUUGAAUUUACCAAACCUGUUGCUUUGUCUUCCUCAGUGAAGGCAAAUUCGAGUGAAAAAUUCCUGGAAACUAAAGCUCAUUCUCUUUCUAGAAGAGACUCAUUGUCUCCAUCGGCUGGGCAAUCCAAUGAAGUAUUACCCAGCCAUGUUGGUGGAGUUGGGGACUUUGCAGCACCAAACGUACCCUAUACUGGGGGUUCUGUUGCUGGAGUCAUUCCCCAAUGGCCUAUAGAUGAAUAUCUUGGGCUUCCUGAAUUCAAUCAGAUUUAUGGCUGCAUGGACAACGGAUCAUCUAAGGCUGACAGUGACACACGCGGGGACUCUGAUUCCCCAUUUUUAAGAGCUUCUAAAGAACUGGAUGAUGAUGAGUGUUUGGGUCCGGCGCCGGAGGCCUCAUGGGCAGUGCCGCAGGUCCCUUCUCCACCUAAUGCCUCAGGAAUACACCAGCCGAAAAACUGUCAGGAUUUAUCGGAAGGUGCAGUUUUUGUUCCUGAUAUGUGCCACUUGUGUGUUCAGAAUCCCAUGCAUUGCCAACAUAAUCGCUCACUCUCAAAAAGGUGGAGACAAAUCUAAUUUCUGGUCCCUAAAUUCCAUAAUUUGGAUGUCUCUGGGUUUGGACUGCGCCUGGUUUUGCAGUGUGUGCCCAUAGCAUUUGUAGGUAUUUCCUUCUCCUUCAGGUCUAAUAAGCAGCUUGAAGUUAGAAAUGUGUGUUUGUAAUUCCAACUAUAUGUUUGUGAUUUGAACUGGCACUUUCCUCUGUAAGUAUAUAUUUCUGAUUUUCCACUUGCAUUUUGGGUCAUAUGGUCCUUGGAUGAGGAUAUGGAGGUGUUAUCACCAAGUUGUUGCCCCCCAAAAAAUGUAUCUCUUCCGCCCUUUCCCCCCA